GCAAGAAGAAAAAGAAGAGGAGAUCGCCACUUCCGCUUCGGCCUCUUCUUCUACCGCAAGAACAGGCGGAAACCAAGCCUCCAACGUCUCUCCUUUUCUCCUAAGCUCCUCAUUCAAUUCAGCAAAGGCGGGAAAUAGCGCUCCUUGCUGCUAUAAAUAGGCGACGGAGAAGAGGGGAGAACUACGACCAGACAAGGUAGAGCCGCGGCUCAGGCCGCGGUGGCGGUGGCGGACAGCCGGCAGACACGAACCGGCGGCGGCAGCAGUUCCGGCGGAAAGCUCCGGCAGAGGGGGGGGUCAUCCAAUUUUCUGUGAGGAAGGGGUUUGCUGGAGUAUUCACCCGCAGUUCCUAAGUUGUUACACUUUUUGGUAGUUAGUAACUGUGAAAAGAAACAUGCAUGACAAUAAUAAAGUAGAGGCAACCUCUGAGUGUGGCUGGAAAAUUGUUCACAUUCCGUAUAAACCUCCCGUUCUGCCUCACGUACAACCCACUGUUGAUGUGUAUGCUGCUGAAAUUGACCCUAAAGAUGCCAAUAUUUUAGUAAGGAAGUUAAAUCAGAUCUGCCCAAUGGAAAAUAUGCGGCAUGUAAAGCGUAUACGCAAGAAAUGCAAUGAUGGAGGAAAACCUCAGUUAUCGUUGCUUUUAUCAGUGUCAAAUGAAGAUACUGGUGGCAUGCCAUGCAAUGUGCAGGAGCUUGUUAAAGCAUACCAAUUGAAUACCUUCAUACAAAAAGUUGCAGAGAUGGCAGAGAUGAGGGUGGGUGUGAGACUGGAAAGACGAAGAGGAUGAUCGCAGUCGACCCAGUGACAAAAUAUUGAAAGGACAACACUGGAAAGUCAAUGCAAUUUUAACAUUACAUUAAAAACCAUGCUAAGUCAAAUUGAGAAGUUUCAACUUGGACGGAGGGAGUAUACUCAUUUCCUUUUAAUUUAAGAUGGAGGGAAGUAUAAAUGUAAGUAAUUAUGAGGGCAUUCAGUGGCGAUUGAGCUAAAAGAAUCAUUUUACUGUGUUUUCGGUCCAGGUAAACGAUGGACUAUAUCAAAUGGCACACUAAACCUCCCUUACUUCUUGAGCUCUGUGAAGUUUUGGGUUGUAAAUGUAGCAAUGCAUCAAGUGUGUUACUGAAACAACAUCUCUACUUUUUACAUGUAAGGUCUGCAAGUAUGCUGCAUCAACAAAAGAAGAAUGGGAAGAACAGUGUAAGCUGUGGCCGACUUCCUUCCAUCCACCAACAUAUAAUAUCAGUGGAAUAACAGGAUUUGAUGAAGUGGAAUCCCAACUAGUCUUCAGCUUCAUGCGAUUGGCAAUCAAUCUAGCAAAAUCCAUUGAUGGCCCGGUGAUCAAUGCUGCCAUCAUUGUGGACCCUUCCACUAACCAGGUGAUCUCAAGUGCAUGUGAUGAAGUUAUCUCUUUGAAUAGUUCCAGAGAUGAGGCCAAGGAAGGCAUAUGCUGCUCAAGGCAAGCCGAAGCCUCUUCGCACAACAAAGCAACUGAUAUGGAGGGCCAACCAAAAUUGGUGGCAGACGAUUCAACAAAUGGAGCUCUGUCGGUCAAUGAUAAUGUUUCAUGUCUACAUCCCUGGAAAUGGGCAGCGGAUAACCAAUUUAGUGCCAGCUUUGGUUUUUGGCAUCCUUUACGGCAUGCACCAAUUGUGGCUAUUGAACGUUCCGCUGCAAGGGAUAGGCAACUUUUUACAAAUACAGGAAUUAAUUUUGUUCAAGAGGAUUACUUGCUGGUUUCUCCUCUUGUCGGUUCUCCAUCAAAAAAGCAAAAGGUCAAUCCAAUCGAUGUUGCGAACAGUUUGGAUACUCAAAAUGUAAACCAUUCUGAGUCAUACAGACCCUAUUUAUGUACAGGCUAUGACAUCUACCUUGUCUGGGAGCCAUGUGUCAUGUGUGCAAUGGCCCUAGUCCAUCAAAGAGUUAAGCGUAUCUUUUAUGCUUUCCCUAAUCCUAAUUGUGGUGCAUUGGGAAGUGUUCACAGAUUACAAGGGGAGAGAAGCUUGAAUCACCAUUAUGCUGUUUUCCAGGUUUUGUUGCCCCAAGAUGUUUUUUAACGUUAAGAUUCCUUACUCAUUAGAUUCAGGAACUACUUUGAAUCGAUGAGAAUCGAAAUUCAAGUGUAUCAUUUAAGCAAAUAUAUACUCUGGCCAAUUUUAGGGUCUAAUGCUUCUAAUAUGUGUACUUAUCAUCAUUUUUUUAAAAAAAAUCUUGUAGUUGUCCUCAAGUCGUAUAAUUUAUUUUUUGUAGAAUUUGUUUUUCGUGUACUGACUUCUAUUAUGCAACUGGGGAUUAUGUUGAGUUUGUGUUGUUGUACUGAUUAGUACCAUAUCUUUUCCAUCACUGGACAUUGUUCCUGCUAUUAGGCAUUAUUUAACUACAAUUUAAAUGAUAUAUGUUUUAGUACGGAGUACUAUUUAAUUCAAAUUUUACUUCGGGGGUGUUUGUUUUUUGGUGGGAAGAGCUUCUAACCACUUAUGUCUGCGGUGCCGUGCAGAUGCGGGCGGACAUUUGGGAUGCGCAGACUGUUUGCUUUUUAGAAGACAAACCACUUAAAAACGUCUUCCAAAAACAUCUUCCUCAAGCAAGCAUAAACCAACAUAAACCACUUGAUAUCUGAGUUUAUUUUCCCUAUAAUUAAGAAUGGCACAAUGAUUUUGUUGGGAGUGCACGUGACUCGUCCAACUUUAUAUUGAUAUGAUAUUGUCUGUUGUAUGUCAAGCUCUUAUAGAUUUAUUUUUAGGCAUCUCUCAAAAGUCAUCAUAUUAAUAGAGUUGGUCUUAUUUG